GGGUACGGGAAUCAAAUAACAGGGAGACGUCGGAUGGCUGCGCAAAUACUUGGAAUUCCGGUUCCGUCGUUGGCUAUUCCGUAAACUUUGACAAGCAGAAAGUUGUAUUUCUAUGAUAGGCUACAACCGUCUCAAUAGCUUGAAUACCCAGCAAUAAACUGGAAAUGGCUUCUUCGCCACAGAAAUCGCCUUCUUCUCCCAAAUCCCCGACUCCAAAAUCACCACCUUCAAGAAAAAAAGAUGACUCUUUCCUCGGAAAACUUGGGGAAACUUUGGCCAGAAGAAAAAAGGCAAAAGAAGUGUCUGAGCUCCAGGAGGAGGGGAUGAAUGCCAUCAACCUGCCGCUCAGCCCCAUCCCCUUUGAGCUGGACCCAGAGGACACCAUGCUGGAGGAGAAUGAGGUCCGCACCAUGGUUGACCCUAACUCCAGGAAUGACCCCAAACUGCAAGAACUGAUGAAGGUACUCAUAGACUGGAUAAAUGAUGUGCUGGUGGGGGAGAGAAUCAUUGUCAAAGACCUGGCUGAAGACCUCUACGAUGGGCAGGUUCUGCAGAAACUCUUUGAGAAGCUGGAGGGUGAGAGGCUGAAUGUGGCUGAGGUGACCCAGUCUGAGAUAGCCCAGAAGCAGAAGCUGCAGACAGUUCUGGAGAAGAUCAACGACACUCUGAAGGUCUCAAUCAGAAACAUCAAAUGGACCAUUGACUCUGUCCAUGCUAAAAGCAUCGUGGCCAUUCUCCAUUUAUUGGUGGCGCUGUCUCAGCACUGCCGCGCCCCCAUCCGCCUACCUGAUCAUGUGUCCAUUCAAGUUGUGGUUGUACAGAAACGGGAGGGGAUCCUGCAGUCUCGCCAGGUUCAGGAAGAGAUCACAGGGAACACGGAGGCUUUAUCAGGAAGACAUGACCGAGAUGCGUUUGACACCUUGUUUGACCAUGCACCAGACAAGCUGAAUGUGGUGAAAAAGACUCUGAUCACCUUUGUGAACAAGCACUUGAACAAGUUGAACCUGGAGGUGUCUGAAUUGGACACACAGUUUGCUGAUGGUGUGUACCUGGUGUUGCUGAUGGGACUGCUUGAGGGCUACUUUGUUCCUCUCUUCAACUUCUUCCUAACGCCAGAGCAUUUUGACCAAAAGGUGCACAAUGUGGCUUUCUCUUUUGAGCUGAUGCAAGAUGGAGGCCUGGAGAAACCCAAGCCACGGGCAGAGGAUAUUGUGAACUGUGACCUGAAGUCUACUCUGAGGGUACUCUACAAUCUCUUCACCAAAUACAGAAAUGUGGAAUAAAGACGGGUACUUCACCGUUCAUUCAGUUAUGUCGACGUAUCAAUCGAGCAAAUGCCCUGUUUAGAUGUGUAUUUCAGGGCAAACACGAUGCAUCUAAUAGGGAGAGCACACCUGUGUUAGCUUUGUCCUGCUGAAGGCUCACUAAAACACAAGUACAGCACAGUAUGUUGUAAAGUGUUUGGAUAUGAAAAGACAGAUAUAUUUCAGUAUUAUUGAAGGUUAACUUAAUGAAUUAUUGAUUAUGCCGUCCUAUUGCUGAGUCAUUGCCAUGUUGAAUUGUUCUUACCCAUGUCAUUCCGGGCCAACACCGUUUGAAGUCUACUUGGAUUCACUUGCAACUACUACAUGAAGGAUCAGAAUAUUGAUGUAUUGAAUGUAUGACAGCUGGGUUUGUGCUUAUUUACUUCCAUCUUUUGAAAGAAAUCAGAAGUUUUGAAUUGACUCAGAAGGUUUUUGAUUGUUGUGUUUAAAGCAGUGGGACCACAUACAGUACACACUAUUAAUGUAUAUACUACCAUGCUGCAUAUCUUUACCUUUGCUUUGUUUCAUUUUAUAUAUUUUAAUACUGGCCGUUGUACUUUAAAUAUAGUCUACCUGUAGUGGCAUUUUGGCUCAUCAUUUACCAAAGAUAGUAUUUUAGAUACAUUAUUUGAAGCUGUUAGAUUCUUAAAAAUAUUUUGUACUUAUGCAAAGCAUGAUGUAUGGCUAAUUUUGACUAUUUCUUUAUAAUCUAUUCAUAAAAAAAGGUUUGCAAAGUCA